GGGUGGUCGAGGCCAUGCCCCACUCGAGAUUUCGACUGUAAAGGCGCAGAGGCUCGAUGGCAACCGCGGCGCCGAUGCUGCCCCAAGUCUACGGCCAAGCCCAGCGCCAGACGACGGAGACGGAGCCGCUGAUCGACGCGCCUGGAAGUCCCAUUCGCGCACUGUCGGAGCCGGUCGUGCGGUGUUGGCAGCGGUGGCCGCGCGUUUUGCUCACAUUGGGCGCGUUCGUUUACGUGUCGUUGUUGGUCGUGUGGGCGUCUAGCAACUCGGACAAGACCAUCGACGAUGCCCAGCCCUCUGCAGUCCAAGAAGAGUCACGGGUGCCAGCGAGGCCUUAUCCAUCGGGGGAAGCAGCACCUCGGCGCCUUCAAUGCGUGGCCUGGAGAGCUACAGGCCGGUGCAGACCCAACGGACCCCGCGAGCCCCAGAACGACAAGAAAUGCUCCGACUUCAUCGUCAACGGCAUGUCCGGCUUUUGUGAAGUGGAGGACAUCGACACGGGGGAGCGGAUCCAGGUCAUGCAGCGACACUGCACCAGCUUGAAGGGCGACGUGAAGUUCCGCUGUUCGGACGCUCCGUCAUUCGUGAAUUAUCGCUUCGACGGCCACGCAGCAGUGCAGAAGCUCUAG